AUGGAUCCUAUGUUCAACAAGCACCACACGGAACAGCCCGCCAACACGUCCCCACGCCAAAACACCACCACGCCCUCUACAUCCCCAGCCCCGGGCUCCUCCUCCUCCUCGGCCAGACAAAACACACCGGCCCCCAGCACCAACCCCGAUAUCUCCCAGCUCGUCGCCCAACUGAUACGGCACGUGCUGCAAAAAGACGCACUGCUGCUCCCAAUCGACCCAACCACCAACCCCAUCACAUCGACGCAUAUUGAUAACAUCGCCUACGCCAUGUGGAACACGGCGUUCCAGCACGGCGCGCUGCUGGACCGCGCAUGCCAGUACGGCUCCAUGUUCUCGCCGCUCAAGCUCGCGGCGCUGGCGCGUCUGAAUUUCCUGCCCAGCUGGUGGUUCUUUCGCAGCUUCGCCGUGGGCUAUCUGCAGAACAUGGGCAUCGAUUGGAUUGUCGAUGACGCGGAUAUGAUAAUCACCUGGGAGAGCGCUGUGAGGGGGUGUGUGGAGGUGUUCGGGAUUAGAGAGGCGAGGGCGAUGGAGGAGGCGAGGGUGAGGGAGGAGGCGAGGUUGAGGGAGGAGGCGAGGAGUGAGGAGAAGGCCAAGGCGAUGGAGGACGAGAUGGAGGAGUAG